AUGCAGCUGGCCAUGGGCCUCACAUGCGACUCGCCACUCUGCAAGGUGAGUGAGGGGAGAGUGGCAGGGAUAGGUGCUUGGUGCUGGGUGCUGGGUGCUUGGUGCUGGGUGGUGGGUGCUGGGUGGUGGGUGCUGGGUGGUGGGUGCUUGGUCUGGGUGGUGGGUGCUUGGUCUGGGUGGUGGGUGCUUGGUCUGGGUGGUGGGUGCUUGGUCUGGGUGGUGGUGGGUGCUUGGUCUGGGUGGUGGGUGCUUGGCAGCACGGGCAGCGAGCCGAGCGUGCGGGUGGCGGACCGGCCGGGGCUGCUGAUGGUGAUUGUUGAUGUGCUGACGGGGAUGUUCGUUAGUGUGACGUCAGCAGAGAUCGACACUGAGGGCGUGGUGGCGAAGGAUGUGUUCACGGUGUCGUACCAUGGGGGGCCGCUGGAUGUUGAGAUGAUCACG